CUGACGGCGAAAAUGUCCGAGAAGGGAGCCUUCGACACCAACGUGCUGACCCUCACCAGGUUCGUCCUGGAGGAGGGCCGCAAGGCCCACGGAACCGGCGAGCUCACCAACCUGCUCAACUCCAUCUGCACGGCCGUCAAAGCCAUCUCCACCGCCGUCAGGAAGGCCGGCAUCGCCAACCUGUACGGCAUCGCCGGCAGCACCAACGUGACGGGAGACCAGGUGAAAAAACUGGACGUCCUGUCCAACGACAUGGUCAUCAACAUGAUCAAGUCGUCCUUCACCUCCUGCGUGCUGGUGUCCGAAGAAGAUGAGCACGCCAUCGUCGUGGAGUCGGACAAGAGCGGAAAAUACAUCGUCUGCUUUGACCCGCUGGACGGUUCCUCAAACAUCGACUGUCUGGUCUCCAUCGGUACCAUCUUUGGCAUCUACAAGAAGACCACGGAGGGCGAGCCCAGCGAGAAAGACGCCCUGCAGCCGGGGAGGAACCUCGUAGCGGCCGGUUACGCUCUGUACGGCAGCGCCACCAUGAUGGUCCUGUCCACCGGACAAGGGGUCAACUGCUUCAUGCUCGACCCCGCCAUCGGGGAGUUCAUCGUGGUGGAUCGCGACGUGAAGAUCAAGAAAAAGGGGAAAAUCUACAGCUUGAAUGAAGGAUACGCGCAGCAUUUUUACCCCGAAGUGACGGAAUAUGUUCAGAAGAAGAAAUUCCCUGAGGACGGCUCUGCUCCGUACGGCAGCCGCUACGUGGGCUCCAUGGUCGCUGACGUCCAUCGCACGCUGGUCUACGGCGGCAUCUUUUUGUAUCCCGCCAAUGUAAAGAGUCCAAAAGGGAAGUUGCGGCUGCUGUACGAGUGCAACCCCAUGGCGUUCAUCGUGGAGCAGGCGGGCGGCACGGCCACCACGGGCGCCGGCAACGUUCUGGACAUCCAGCCCACCGACAUCCACCAGAGGGUCCCUGUGGUGCUGGGCUCGCCUGACGACGUGCAGGAGUACAUUGCCAUCUACAAGAAGCAUCACAAAUGA